AUGUCUGUUCCUCCUGCCGUCGCUGCCGGCGCCGCCUCCUCCGGUGGUGGGAAUAUCGUCGGCGGGGCUUUCAAUCUUGACUUGAACCUGAAUCUCAGUCUGAACACUCCAUCACUUUCGGGUGCUCAAUCGGAACCUCCAUUACCACAACCUCAAAAAUCAGCCCAUAAUUCGUCAGCUCAAACUCAUUCUGGCCCAUCUCCCCAUAAUAUGCCUCCGCCCCCAAUUUCUUCCUGCGUUCCGUUCAAAAAGGAGUACAGUAAAGGUGCAAAUGCGGCUGAGUCAGUUGAUAAUUCUGCUGGGACUUGUACUGAUGCUUCACACAAACGAAUACCUUCUGGAGCUAAACGUGGCCCUAAAGGCCCGAGAGGUUCAAAACGUGCCAAACUGGGAACAUUGGAACCAAAUGGAGAGGUUCUUCACAAUUUGGCCCUAGCUGGUAGCUGUCGAUAUGAUAGCUCUUUAGGUUUGUUGACGAAAAAGUUUGUAAAUUUGAUGCGAGAAGCCAAGGAUGGAAGCCUUGAUCUUAACCAAGCUGCAGAAGUUCUAGAUGUUCAAAAGAGAAGAAUAUAUGAUAUUACAAAUGUCCUUGAAGGAAUAGGAUUCAUUGAGAAAGCAUCAAAGAGUCACAUAACUUGGAAAGGAUCUGGGAUGCUUGGACUACUGAUGGAUGAUCCAGUCAGCAAGCAGAAGGUGGAAAAUGAGAAUUUAUAUGCUUUAGAAUGGAGGCUCGAUAACCGCAUAAGGGAAAUGCAUGAGAAGAUUCUUGCGCUGGAAAAUGCUGGAACUUCUCAAAGGACCCUUUAUUUAACGGAGGAAGACAUUACGAGCGUGCCAGGUUUCAGGAAUAAAACCCUUAUUGCUAUUAACGCCCCCCGUGCUAGUACUGUUGAAGUCCCUGAUCCUAAUGAUGAAUAUGGAUUCCCAGAAAAGCAGUAUAAACUUAUCGUGAGAAGCACUACAGGACCUAUUAAUUUGUUUCUCUUAAGCCAAAGUCAAGAUCACGAUGAGAAAGUAACAGUCAAGCGAAGGAAAUUAUUAGAUUCAACAGCUAUCCAAGGGGUUGACAAUGCGGAUGAUGCAGUUUUGCAAACUUCUUGCACACCUGGCGUUCACAAAAUAAUCCCAUCCCUUGGAGAUUCAGAAGAUGACUACUGGUUGCGAUCUGAUAAUGAGGUUACUGCAACAGAUCUGUGGGGGUAG